GGCGGCUCAGCAUUCGAGGAACAGACAGAGGCAGUAGGAGAAGAGAAGCAGGAGGGAGACUUGGAUGAGAAAAAUCCAGGGAAGGUGGUACUCUACUCUCCUCUCACUGCAACAAGUAUAUUUUUAGGCAUCUUCUCCUCUUUGUUUUCUUGACCUUACUAUCCUCUGGUUGGAGAGACUGCUCUAGGGCCAGAAUGGCCAGAAUGCUUUGGGCAGUGGUGGUUCUGCUACUGCCACUUUUGGGACUCUGUCAAUUUGUCCUGCCACCCGAGUGGGUGCCAGGGAACUACCCUGCCACAGAGGUCGGGGCUGAAAGCUUUGUCAAUGCCUACAAUAUCUCCGCCGAGCUUGUCACCUACCAAAACCAAGAGGCCAGCUGGACAUACCAGACAAACAUUACGGCCCACAACUCCAACAAAAAGGUAGGACUCCCCCCCCCCCCCCCCCCCCCCUUCCCCACUCUGCACACAGCACACAGAGGUGUUUGAAUGAAAGGUUGACAGUUGUUGAAUGAGUUAGUUGUUAGCCUCUUCAGUCCAAUUGGAACCACAAUGGACCAGAUAGAGUUGUAGGUAACACUUUACUGUAGCCGUCCUUAUGUAUGCAUUCAUAAAGGCUUUGUGAAUGUUGCAUAGCUGUUAUAAAGGCUUUAUGAAUGCAUGAAUAAGGAGGUGGGUACUGUAAAGUCUUCCUCAGUUAUGUUUGCCAGGGAUAGACUGGUUCCUUGUAUGACAACAGCACCCAUAGAGGGAUGUUUGUUGGGUUGAGCCCCGCAUGGCUUUACAACCAACCCUAUUCAUCCUCAUCCAAAAUGAUAUGCUCAGUUCCUCCCAUUUCUGCCAACUCAGCUUGUAUGUUUUGUGAAAUCAUCAAAAGAACCCACACACAUGUGGUUUGAGCGUCUCCGAGUCUUGAAUGAAGCCAGCGGGGUGUGGGGUGUGUGUGGAGAUGGUAGAAUGGGGGUUGUUAUUUUGUUAGAUGCCUAUAAAUUCAAAUGUCCGAUUAUUUUCCAAGCAUUGUACUGGUAUACGAGGAAAAUGCAAUUUCAGAGGUUAAUGCAUUUUACAUUUUAUAACAUGGACUUCCUAGUAUAAACAAUGAAAGACACCGUAGUGCGGUUUAAAUGGGACUUUUCAGAGUGGAGUAAUGAGGCAUUUGCAUGCUAGUGCCGCCUGCUUCUCUUUUACUGCUCCUCCCGUCUCACCAUAUGCUAGCAGGAGUACAUUUGCAUAACCGAAUGGGCUGAGGAAAAGUGUUAGCUAGAGACUGUGAAAAAAUUGAAAAGUAGAGCAAUCCAGGGAGUUGGAAGGAUCAAUGAAACUGCAGAGGUGUGAGGCAGUAAUCUGUUGCUCUGAGAGAGAAACAAACACACACAUACACACACGCACAAGCACGCAUGCACACACACACACACACACACACACACACACACAUGAACACACACACACGCACCAGGCAUCGACAGUCUCCGCCAGUUAUGGACGCUAUUAUUCCUCACACAUCAAAGAUUGGAUCAAAGGGAAUCAGGGGCUUUGGUGUUCAAUAAGAUCUGGCAGACAGAGGGUAGCCUGCCUGGUCUCUCUCCGAGUCUCCUCCCCACAGGCCCUGACACUGAAUUAGCAUGUCCCCUCAUCUCACGAGAGAAAGGCCUAUUGACUGGUGGGGAUGUACUGUAAAGUUAACACCAACAUCCCAUUCAACUUGGCCUUGGCCUGGGAUUCCCACGUCACUGAGUUAAUCUUUGUCUCAGUCCUUGUCUCAGAAAUGACCUUUGUCGUAGUGGAUUACUGAUAUGCAGAAUCUGAGGCGAAAAUGUUCUGUUAAACUUUACUAUGGUAAAGCAUUUGAAUAGGCUAGAUGUAUUCCCCCUGCACCUCUAUGUGUACGCAGACACACACACACACACACACACACACACACACACACACACACACACACACACACACACACACACACACACACACACACACACACACACACACACACACCUAUGAUAACCUUGCAGUCUCAGAAGAAGUUAUUUAAUCUCAGUCCAAAUGAGCCCAGGCCGAGCAGAGCAAAGGAUCAAACAGCAGUCAGAUCAGUCCGGAGGGUUAAUAUCAAUUAGGCUCUAAAAAUGUAAAUGCUCAAAGAACACCGCUGGUUGUGGGCAACCAUCAGUUACUUUGAAAUGUGGACGGAAUAUCAACUAUCCAAAAAGUACAUGAAACGUGUGCACCCAGGGCUGUCAAAGCAGGUCCAAAUCCAUGGUGUGCUGCUUUCAAAGCGUCUUCUGUCACUUAACUUUCAUAGAGCACAGUUGAAUAAAGCAUUCGUUCUCCUCAGAAAAACUGAAAUAAUAUGAAGCGAAGAUGCACAGUACUUUAUUUAGCCAAACACUGAGAGUACCAUUUGAAAUUGACUGCGAUUCCUAGUUUUUCAGAAUUCCGACGUUGUAAUUGGAUGGGAACAUUUGACUAACACGUUAAAGGAGAUCUUUCCCUCCUAAUUCCCCUUUUUACAAAUUAACUUUCUCUUGAUGAGAAGCUUAACAAGAGUGAACCUUGGGCCCUUUGUGUAAUGACACUAUACUAUACAGUCAGGGCCUCUAAAUUACAGUCAAGCUUUCAUAAGUGAGUGAACACAUUCAACAGCCUUGAGAAAGAGGGAGAGGGGGGGGGGGGCAGUCAACAGCUUUUCACCUUAUCUUUAUUGUCCAAUAGAAAAAGAGAGAAGAGUUCAAUCUGAUGAUAUAAUUGAGUGUGUGUCAGCAAAACCGAGGUUAAGAGAGGGAGAGAUUGGGAGAGAGGUCAGAGUUAAUGCCUCAACACUGUGUCCAGUAUUCCGUCCAGCCCACUGUUAAUCAGUGGCGGCAGAGACACAGCAGAUAAGCUGGACCUCAAUGAAAACAUCACGUAACAGAAGCUACUGGUCCUCUGUAGCUCAAUUGGUAGAGCAUGGCUCUUGUAACGCCAGGGUAGUGAGUUUGAUCCCCGGGACCACCCAUACGUAAAAAUGUAUGCACACAUGACUGUAAGUUUCUUUGGAUAAACGCGUCUGCUAAAUGGCUUAUUAUUAUUAUUAUUACUGUCUUGUCAGCCCUGACAGGAUGUCUAUGUCCUGGGCUGUGACAGACAGCCCCAGUGUCCUCAGUGUCCUGACAGUAACAAAUAACAUAACUACUGUACUGGCGGUCCUGUUGGAGCAUCUUCAACCCCUAACACAGUGGAGGUAGACAGAGUGCACCAAAAAUUCCCUGUAGGAAAUCAUAAAGCAAGAAAGGCAGCUGGGGAACUAGUAGGUUUUCAAUGAGUGAUGACUUUUUAAUAGCGCGACAAAAACAACAGUACCCAAAUGGGUUCAAAUAACAAUGUAUGGAGAGUGCACAAAAGUACACAAAGGGACCGUUUACUAGGGCCAGUCCACCCAGUCUAGGAACAAACACCCAGGAAGAAAAGGAGUGGCUUUGUGUUUUCCCCAAACAUGAUACUACAGUUACAGAAACCCAAAACUACUGUACCUUGGGGCAUAUUGACACUAGGGCCACAUUGUAGCACACAUGGAUGUGUGACUCUGUGUCAUCUUGGGGUUAUCAUUCUUCCUCAUUGGCUGUGUGUCAUACAAAUUGUGUCGCUGGUGAGGCGUUCACUCUACUGUAAAAACACUCUUAACUGAUAACAAAACAACACUAUCUAAUCUGUUUGUAAUAGUAUUGGUAAAACACGUAAACUGUCAGAAGCAGUCACUAGGGUGACCUGAGGCGGUUUGGCUAGAGCCUCUCAACCCUUUGAUGUAUCUGUAUUGCGCUUCAGUCAGUAUCAUAAUGGUCAGGAUAGCAUGUUAGGUGUUAUGUGUGUGAUGCUCUGAGCGGCCUUGCCUUCCAGCAUCCCUCAUGUAUCAGCAUUGUCAUACAGCACAGCACAAUGUUGCAUUGACUCUAUUCUACUCUAUGGUGGCCUUCCAGGAUAAUGUCAAGGACAGGUCUCACGUCUCAUAUUAUGAGGUUUAUGUACUGCCUACGUAGUAAGAGCAAGAGAACAAUAUAAUGUCUGUGUCCUUGAACUGUGAGCGAUGCUGUCCCUUUCCUAGUUCAGUAGUCGUCUCCACUCCUUAAUAAUAUGCACAAGGCACUUUUUGAUCCGGCGGCCAGGGUUCUCUAGCUUUGUACUCCCACUCAACCCCUGAGCUCUGACUGUUGCCACGAAGAGGGCCUUCUGGCCCACAGCUAACUGUCAUGAUCCCCAUCAAUAUUCAAUAUGCUGUGGGCUUUUGCUUGUGAUUAGUGCAAUGCAAUCAGUCUUACAACACUAGACCAGAAGUAGGGAAUAAGACAAAUACAGUAGGAAAAUUAUUGUGUGAGUGGCCAUGAUAUAGAAAUGGAGACUGUACAGUUAGUGGAUUCCUUGUUUCUGGGAAGUAGUUUUGUAAUGGCUAUUCAUAGUUUUCUGAACAAAAUAUACAGUAUCAUCAAUUACCCAAAUGAUUGGAUGUCAAUGGUACCUGUGUGUUCUACUUCCACCUUGGACUGUGACUACUGGUGUUCAACCUUCCCAAGUUCUCUCACGUCACCACGCUCCUCCGCACACUCCACUGGCUUCCGGUUGAAGCUCGCAUCUGCUACAAGACCAUGGUGCUUGCCUACGGAGCUGUGAGGGGAACGGCACCUCCGUACCUUCAGGCUCUGAUCAGUCCCUACACCCAAACGAGGGCAUUGCGUUCAUCCACCUCUGGCCUGCUGGCCCCCCCUACCUCUGCGGAAGCACAGUUCCCGCUCAGCCCAGUCAAAACUGUUCGCUGCUCUGGCACCCCAAUGGUGGAACAAGCUCCCUCACGACGCCAGGACAGCGGAGUCACUCACCACCUUCCGGAGACACUUGAAACCCCACCUCUUUAAGGAAUACCUGGGAUAGGAUAAAGUAAUCCUUCUACCCCCCCCCCCCCCCCCCCCCCCCCCCCCCCCCCCCAAAAAAAAAUACAAUAAAAAACAUAUUGUAAAAUGGUUAUCCCACUGGCUAUAAGGUGAAUGCACCAAUUUGUAAGUCGCUCUGGAUAAGAGCGUCUGCUAAAUGACGUAAAUGUAAAUGUAAAUGUGCUCAAGAUACAGGAUGCUGUGAUGUGAGGGCCGUUGGGCAGCUACACUAUAGUAACCCCAUCACCUGUCUGUGGUUACAGGUAGAAUCUGAUGGGUUAAAGCAGGCCUUCACAGAAGCCUGGGGGAAGAAAGCCAAAGAAACCUUCUCUGAUAUUCUGGUGGCCACCUUUAACGUUACUCUGCAGAGGCGUAUCAAGAAGAUCAACAUCCUGGGAGCGGCUAACUUACCUGCAGGAGAAAGAAACGAGGUCAGUCUCAUUUUGUCUACAUCUUAUCAGAGGAGCGUUAUCACAAGCUUUGAGUCAGACUCAGAAUUAGAUGCUGUGCAUCAAUGUGAUCCUGAAAUGUCAACAUGUCUGUAGUAGAUGUUAUAAGACAUAAUAUGUUUAGUUCUGUUGUAGGACGGCAUCAGCAAGGUCUGAAUGGAGUCACAGAGAAAUUUUGUCUUUUCACAAUCUCCUUAUUUCCCCAGUACAACGUCAUACUAAGCAAGAUGUCUGAAAUAUACUCUACUGCCAAAGUGUGUCCAAAGCCAGAUGAAUGCUGGUCUCUUGAGCCAGGUAAUUACAGUUACAAUUACAAUAUUAUGCUUAUUGUAAAAAAAUAAGGGAACAAUAAGGGAACUUAACAAGGAAUAACAAAGGAAAGGGGUAUACCUUUCCAAAAAAUACAAAAAACAAAAUAAUUGUAUCAAGUUAGGAAAAGGAUGAGGGCAAUUACUUUGAAGAGGUCUCUGGAGGAAGUGGUUCAAUUUAAGCUCUUUAGGAACAUUAAAAUGGCCUACUAAUGGUAACCAGACUACAGUGCAGAGCACGCUGACUUCAUCAGUCAUUCCCAAUUACGUAAGUGUUGGAUUAAAACCUGGCCUGUGAUUUGUGAGCUGUGCCCGCCCAAAAACUAAUGUGAACUAUCAUGAUUGCCAAAACACAUUAGAGAUGUGUGAGAAGUUUAUGUGAAGGCAUUCCACGCAAAAUUCAGUAAUACGCUCAAACAAUCACUUUUGCACUUACUGGAAGUCAUUUCCCAAUGUUAUGCAGUGUAAUGGAUGGAAAUCAAACCUCAACAAAAACAAAAUGCGCUUACAGGCCUGCUACACUGUGUACACUGUGUACAAUCAGCUGUGUACGGUCCUGCCCCCCCCCCCGGUGCAUGUUUUGGUUUUUGCCUUAGCACUACACAGCUGAUUCAAAUAACCAACUCAUCAUCAAGCUUUGAUUAUUUGAAUCAGCUGUGUAGUGCUAGGGCAAAAACCAAAGCGUGCACCCAGGGGGGACCCCAGGACUGUGUUUGCGAAACCCUGCCCUAGUGUCAUACAUACUGUGUGUUACAGUACAAAAUCAGAUGUAUAUAAUGCAAAUUCAGUCUACAUUUCAAUCUAGAUCAUGGAAAUGGUUUCUGUUAAUGUGUUUACACUCCAAAAUCCAGAGUCCACUUCCCACAGAUGAUUCCUAAUUUUACAAUCUACUAAAGUAAACAUUGGGUGGUUCAGGGACACUCGAAAGUAUCUGACCGGUGUUGCCCAUCACAAAACAACGCCAGCCGUUGGAUCACCAAACUCACUUUGUUCAGUAGCCUUCAACUUCCCUAUUUUCUCACCUUCACUUCCUAUACCCAGCCUGUAAAAUAUAUAUGUUGUUUUUAGGUCACUAUCUGCCUCCGUCGCAUCAUCAUAACUCAAGACUAAUCUCUUAGCAAAUGUAUCUGAUAUGCACCUCUCCCACUGAGAGGAGAGCAUGAAGUCAUCUACACUUCUAGGCCUCAUUGUUUAAGAAAAGUUAAAACUACCAUUGUUCUCUUUCUGUUGGCGCCGUUUGGAAAUCCAGAAGUCCCCUGUGUAGGGCAUUUCUGUAUUCUGUAACUGAGGGUCUCUUUGACUUUGCCUCCACAGAGCUGACAGAGAUCAUGGCCAACUCACGGAGCUACAAGAGACUGCUGUAUGCUUGGGAGGGUUGGCACAAUGCAUCGGGUGUGCCACUCAAGGCAGAGUAUCCAAAGUUUGUGGAGCUUAGCAACAAGGCCUAUAAAGCUGAUGGUAAGAAUAUCACGUUGACCUUACAUAUGGUAUAUGGUAAAAGCCCACAAUUGUGUGUCACUAUUUCUAGCAUAUUUCAGAGGCAUUGUAAGUGAGGUCCAUAGUUGUAGUGAGAGAGACAGAGGAGAGGUGGACAAGAGGUGAAAUGUCAUUGUUGAUAAACAUAUGGUUGUGUCCUCUUUAGGUUUUGAAGACACAGGAGCAUACUGGCGUUCGUGGUACGAGUCACAGACUUUCGAGAAUGACCUGGAGGCUAUUUACAAACAGGUGCAGCCGCUCUACCAGAAUCUUCACGCCUUUGUACGCCGCAAGCUCUACAACCACUACGGCCCAAAAUACAUCAAUCUUAAAGGACCAAUCCCUGCUCACCUGCUAGGUGAGUUUACCUUUAAAUGUCUGUUUUAACUUAUAGCCAAUGCGAAAUGUUCAGUCACUGAUUUAUCAGCCAUUUUGUCAACUAUAUCUCACUCCAUCAAAGCUUAGCAUUAGCUAGGGCCCUGAGUUUUUCCUGACCACUUGGCCCUGACCUGGGCCCUACUUAUAGACGUUACUAUCAGACACAUAAUGUAGGUUAGAACAGGCCCCGCAGUUUCCUGGUCAAGUCACGUAGUCAGGAAACCCCAAAUGCUAGCUAUAGCCCAUUGCUCACAGAGUUUGUGAAUAAGGAGGCUCAGCCAGUAGAUUUAUUAAGACUCUGGCUAAUGCUAAGUGCCUGUGCUUAAUUUAUUCAGGAAACAUGUGGGCGCAAACCUGGAACAACAUCUAUGGCAUGAUGAUCCCCUUCCCCAGCAAACCCAAUGUGGACGUGACAGAUGAAAUGAUGGCAAAAGUAAGCUGGUGAAAUUGGAGAAUUAGUUAUUAGCUCAGUUUGGGUUGGAAAUAUUUUAAAGUUAAGAAAUGGCAAUAUAUCGAAAUUUAUAUCUAAAACUCUCUCUGUGUUUGUUAAAAAACUACAAAAAAAAAAAACUACAACUUUUCUCUAGACUAGUUGAAAUCAUUUGUACCAAGUCAAAGUUAGUCCAUUGAAAGUCUGUUAACAUUAGCUUGGCCAUACAGUGCAUUCAGAAAGUGUUCAGACCGUUUCACUUUUUCCUAAAUGAAAAUAGGCUUUUAGAAAGUUUGGCAAAUUUAUUAUAAAUAAAAAACAGAAGUACUUUAUUUCCAUAAGUAUUCAGACCCUUUCCUAUGGGACUCGAUAUUGAGCUCAGGUGCAUCCUGUUUCCAUUGAUCAUCCUUAAGAUGUUUCUACAACUUGAUUGGAGUCCACCUGCGGUAAAUUCAAUUGAUUGGACAUGAUUUGGAAAGGCACACACCUGUCUAUAUAAGGUCCCACAGUUGACAGUGCAUGUCAGAGCAAAAACCAAGCCAUGAGGUUGAAGGAAUUGUCCGUAGAGCUCAGAGACAGGAUUGUGUCGAGGCACAGAUUUGGGGAAAGGUACCAAAAAAUGUCUGCAGCAUUGAAGGUCCCCAAGAACACAGUGGCCUCCAUCAUUCUUAAAAGGAAUACGUUUGGAACCACCAAGACUCUUCCUAGAGCUGGCCGCCCGGGCCAAACUGAGCAAUCGGGGGAGAAGGGCCUUGGUCAGGAAGGUGACCAAGAACCCGAUGGUCACUCUGACAGAGCUCCAGAGUUCCUCGGUGGAGAUGGGAGAACCUUACAGAAGGACAAACAUCUCUGCAGCACUCCAUCAAUCAGGCCUUUAUGGUAGAGUGGCCAGAUGGAAGCCACUCCUCAGUAAAAGGCACAUAACAGCCCACUUGGAGUUUGCCAAAAGGCACCUAAAGGACUCUCAGACCAUGAGAAACAAGAUUCUCUGGUCUGAUGAAAGCAACACUUAGGCCUGAAUGCCAAGCGUCACGUCUGGAGGAAACCUGACACCGUCCUUAUGUUGAAGCAUGGUGGUGGCAGCAUCAUGCUGUGGGGAUGUUUUUCAGUGGCAGGGACUGGGAGACUAGUCAGGAUCGAGGGAAAGAUAAACGGAGCAAAGUACAGAGAGAUCCUUGAUGAAAACCUGCUCCAGAGUGCUCAGGACCUCAGUCUGGGGUGAUGAAACAGGACUACGACCCUAAGCACACAGCCAAGACAACGCAGGAGUGGCUUCGGGACAAGUCUCUGAAUGUCCUUGAGUGGCCCAGCUAGAGCCCGGACUUGAACCCGAUCGAACAUCUCUGGAGAGACCUGAAAAUAGCUGUGCAGCAACGCUCCCCAUCCAACCUGACAGACUUGAGAGGAUCUGCAGAGAAGAAUGGGUGAAACUCCCCAAAUAUAGGUGUGCCAAACUUGUAGCGUCAUACCCAAGAAGACUCAAGGCUGUAAUCGCUGCCAAAGGCGCUUCAACAAAGUACUGAGUAAAGGGUCUGAAUAAUUAUGUAAAUUUCAUAUUUCAAUUUUUAUUCUUUAUAAAUUUGCAAAUAUUUCUAAAAACCUAUUUUUGCUUUGUCAUUAUGGGGUAUUGUGUGUAGAUUGAUGAGGGGAAAAAACUAUUUUAUCAAUUUUAGAAUAAGGCUGUAACGUAACAAAAUGUGGAAAAAGUGAAGGGGUCAGAAUACUUUCUGAAUGUACUGUAUAUACCUGAAAUGCAAUGAUUUUCCUCCUCCUAGAACUGGAAUGCUACUCAGAUGUUCCGGGUGGCUGAGGAGUUCUUCACGUCCUUGGGCCUCAUCAAAAUGCCCCAAGAGUUCUGGGACAAGUCUAUGUUGGAGAAGCCAGAAAAUCGGGAGGUGGUGUGCCACGCAUCUGCCUGGGACUUCUACAAUAGAAAGGACUUCAGGUGAGCAAGUGGAAAUGGGGUUAUGGAAAUUAACUCUGGAGUGGAGAGAAGAGAGGCUUCAAUUACCCCAUGCUAUGAAGUUGAAAUGUCUUCAUAUGUGAUGUUUCCUCACAUUCAGGAUCAAACAGUGCACUACAGUCAACAUGCAGCAGCUUUUCACAGUGCACCACGAGAUGGGCCAUGUUGAAUACUACCUGCAGUACAAGGAACUGCCUUACAGCUUCCGCCGCGGUGCUAACCCAGGUUUCCAUGAGGCCAUUGGUGACGUCAUGUCCCUCUCUGUGUCCACACCUAAGCAUCUGGCCAGCAUCGGCCUAUUGCCUAAUGCAACCAAUGACCACGGUACGCAAAAAUAUAUCUUUGGCACCCUGUUAUAAAACAAUUACAUUUUUGGUGGUUAGUAAGUAAGUAGGUACAGUGUUGCCAAGUAAGUAAGUAACUAACUAAGUAACUAAAUCAAGUAAGAAAGUAAAUGAGUACGUAAGUAACUAAGUUAGUAAGUAGUUAUUUAGUUAGUUACCUAUUUACUUGCUUGCUUACUUAGUAAGUUACUUAGUUUCUUAGUUAUUGUGGUGGUUAUUCUUUUUGUGUUAUUUAAUUUGCUUGUUCAUUGUAGAGAGUGACAUCAACUACCUGCUGAAGAUGGCUCUGGAGAAGAUGGCCUUCCUUCCCUUUGGCUAUCUCAUUGACCAGUGGAGGUGGAGUGUGUUUAGUGGGCGCACCACCCCAGAGCGCUACAACGCAGACUGGUGGCACCUCAGGUGAGUGGCAAGAAAAUAUUUAAUUUGAUGAAAGUUUGUGGAGGGAAAUUGUUUAUAUCCAAGAUAAUAGUGCAUUUUAUAUAAUGGGAGAUAUACUUUUUUUUACAUUGUAAUUUUGUCUUCCCUUGUUCACUUUCAAGGACAAAAUACCAGGGUAUCUGUCCUCCCACCAAACGCACAGAGGAGCACAUGGAUGCUGGAGCAAAAUACCACAUUCCAGGAAACACCCCAUACAUCAGGUAGGAUUCUCUUUCAAACCAUCUCACUCACUUUUUUUCCUCAUAUCCACAAACAGGGAUAUUAUUAUCGGCCCUUAUUCUGUACAUACACUUCAGGAAUAAAGAUAUAUAUAAAUAUUACCAAUACGCAUAAAUUAAUACAAAAUUGAUCCUCAAACGCCAUCAAUCCUCAAACAUCUCAGCAAACCGGGAACAUUCCCAGAACAUUGGCUAAGAUGCACAUUAAGUUUUAGUUAGGGUUUUAUCUAACAUUAGGAUGAUAGCCUCCCAAAAACAUUGAAAUAAUGUUUUUAAUAACAACAUUUUUUAAAACAAAAUAAAUGUAAUGUUUUAAAUGAAAUAUCCUUGGAAUGUUCUCCUAACAUUCACUAAAAUUUGAACUUUUAAAGAACAGGUGAAUGUUUUUUGCACCCCAAAAUAAAUAUUGUAUAAUCAUCGGGACAGUUCAUCUUUUGUGAUGUCCCCACAAUGUUUCCACCAGACUAUUCCCACAAUCUAAUGAAACAUUUCGGGAACCUUUAAAGAACAGACAAAAUGUGUUCUUGCAACAUCAGGCGAAUGUUUUAUGCAAACAUAGUAUAAUCAUCAACACGGCUGACGAAUGUUCUGUGAACUUUCACAGAAUCAAUUUUGGUUUGCUGGGAUGAUUAAUUAAAGAUGUUGUUUGGUCUCCUGCAGAUACUUUGUGAGCUUCAUUCUGCAGUUCCAGUUCCACAAGAAGCUGUGUCAGGCAGCCAAUCAGAGUGGACCCCUGCACACAUGUGACAUCUACCAGUCCAAGGAGGCGGGAAAGAUUUUAGAGUACGUGUUCUGUUAUUGCCUCUCUUAGAACAUUCAUUACAGCCAUAUAAACUAUGGUGUUACCUGAUCAACUUAAGAGAUGAGACACAAAAUAUAUUGAAUCUCAAAUGACCCUAAGAAAUAAGUUGAUAUUUUUUCAGAUCUUAGACAGUAAUUUAAACUGUGUGGUAGUUUCCCCUUACCUGAAUCAAUCAUAAAACAUUGUCCCUAGACUUGCUAAACCAUGCAAAGCUACAUUAGUAAAUUAGGCUUAACACAUUUCCCUAUGUGGCCUCUGUUGACUUUGACAGAACAGUCCUUAAAUCCGGAGAAUCCAAGCCCUGGACACAGGUGCUCCAGGAAGCCGUCGGAACAAACAAGAUGGACGCCAGCGCCCUGAUGGAAUACUUUAGUCCCAUCAUCACAUGGCUAGAGGAACAGAAUGCAGCGACGAAUGAGACCAUGGGCUGGCCUGACUUUAACUGGGUUCCACCCAUACCAGAGGGCUACCCCGAGGAUAUUGGUAAGCCAGUAAACGGGUUUAACCAAAGGAGGAGGAGGAUUUUUCAAUAAAAUAAACAUGGAGAAUUCCAAGAGUCAACCUUUAAAUUUGGUGGAGGAUCAUCUUUCAAUGUGAUUUAUAUGGUUAUUGAUGAUAUAACUGAUGACAAGUACACUAUAAUUAGCUUUUCAACAUUUUGCAUUGAAAGAAGUCCGCCCCUCCUACUUUUGGCAGAUGGAUAAAAAAAAUUCCCCACUUGAUUGAUUGACUGAUUCAUUUUAUUUGUCAGUAAAAACAAAAACAUAUAUAUACAGUAUGUAUAUACACACAGUAAAAUAUCAAAUUCAGUUUAUAAGAUUGUAGGACAAAUUAAGGAAAAUCUGGUCACCUGUCCUAAUCUAUAACCUUUUGUUAUGUUUGGAGAAAAAAAAUGUUUAGCUAUUUAUUUAUACUAUUUUAUUUAUUUGUGUAAUAAUUUUGUUUCUUAUUUUUUAUUACAUUUUCCUUUUCUGACUAAGAACUGUGUUACAAUCUAUCUAUACCAUCUAUCUAUAAUUCUAAUAUGAACACUUCAUUGUUGGUGAUGAAUCUAUUUUUGUUGUUGAUUGAUUCCACUUAAAUUUGGAUGAGAUUGUAGGCAGUGCAAUUAUUAUUGUGAUUGUUGUAAUCUUUAUUACCAAUGAAGUUGAUAAUGAUAAUCAUUUUAGUUAUUGGUUGGUGGGUAUUUUUUCCAUUGUUUGGACAUUACAUUUAGAACUCUCAUUGUUACAAUGUACAUUGAAACGUCAUGCUGAAAAUCAAUAAAAAGAUUCUUCAAACAAAUUCACUUCUCUCUUAAAUCAUGCAUGGAUGUCACUGGAAGAUUCAAGCUAAACUCGCAGAUUUUAAGUUAAAAUCAAGCCACUGUCACAUAGCCAUGCAGCUUAAGCUAUGAGAGCUAUUCUGCCUUACCUGUACCUUUCUCUCUCUACCCAGACAAGAUUGCAGAUGAGGUGCAGGCGAAGAAGUUCCUGGAAGUGUACAACAGCACUGCGGAGGUGGUCUGGAAUGCCUACACUGAAGCAUCGUGGGCCUACAACACUGACAUCAAUGAGGAGAACAAGCAGAAUAUGGUAAGAGUUGGGUCUGGUGUCUGAAUAGUAGGUUUUUGGUGUAUCUGUACUUUACUGUACUAUUUAUCUUUUUGUCAACCUUUACUUUUACUUCACUACAUUCCUAAAGAAAAUAAUGUACUUUUUACUCCAUACAUUUUCCCUGACACCCAAAAGUACUCUUAACAUUUUGAAUGCUUAGCAGGACAAGAAAAUGGUCCAAUUCAUAUGCUUAUCAAGAGAACAUCCCUGAUCAUCCCUACUGCCCCUGAUCUGGCGGACUCACUAAACACAAAUGCUUCGUUUGUAAAUUAUGUUUGAGUGAUGGAGUGUGACCCUGGGUAUCCCUAAAUAAAUAAAAAACAAGAAUAGCGCCAUAUGGUUUUCUUAAUAUAAGGAAUUUAAAAUGAUUUAUACUUUUACUUUUGAUACUUAAGUAUGUUUUAGCAAUUACAUUUACUUUUGAUACUUAAGUAUAUUUAAAACCAAAUACUUUUAGACUUUUACUCAAGUAGUAUUUUACUGGGUGACUAUUAAGGUAUCUUUACUUUUACUCAAGUAUGACAAUUGGGUACUUUUUCCACCACUGCUCACUCAUACUGUACACAUAGGCAAUAGGCAUUCACACAACUAACCCACAACUCAAAAACUACUCUCAGUAUUCAUGAACCAGGGUUUGGAGGAGCUACAGGAUGAGCAGGCUUUUGUUCCAGCCCAGCACUAACACACGUGAUUCUACUGCACAUCCUGUAGCUUUUCUGGCCCAUUUCUUGCACUUGGACAAAUCAAUGGACAGUUGUGACGAGUGAGUGUAUUCUGUCUCCAGCUGCAAAAGAACUUGGACAUGUCUGUCCACACGCUGACCUACGGAAAGGAGGCGCGCAAGUAUGACACCACAGACUUUCAGGAUGGUUCUGUGAAGCGUAUCCUGAAGAAACUCAGUGACAUCGAAAGAGCAGGACUUUCCAACGAGGAACUGAAAGAGGUAAGAAUGGGUUGAGUGCUUUUAUUGACCCAAUACCUUCAAAAUGAUCCCCUGUUCACCCACAAAAUCAAGGGCAAAAUCACACAGUACGUUGACCUCAAUUGUUAAUUAAAUUAUUCCACAGCUAUUUAACAGGUAGGACUAUAAAAAAUCUUAAUGUCGCAUGUUGUUGGUCAUUGCUUUUUUCUUAGUACAACAACCUGCUGGCCAACAUGGAGACCAAGUACAGUGUGGCUAAGGUGUGCAGAGCCAAUGGGACCUGCCAUCCACUAGACCCAGGUAAGAUUCCACAAUACACUUGCCCAAUCACAUGCUUGGUUCAGGGCCCUAAAACACUUACCUAAUUAAAAGGUCCAUCUAUUGUCCAUUUUACUAACUGGUUUGUAUUAUUAGUCCAUGUGAUAUUUGUUUUACAUCCAAGAUAUAUAUAUACAAAAAUAUUAUCAAGAGAAGAUUUGACAAAAGAGGCGACAACUAACUCAUAAGGAAUUCCACUUUCCCAGGGGAGUACUACAGCAAAACCAGACAAAUAUGAAACUUCAAAGAGGUUUGUCUCAGAAAUGGAGUCUUGAUCUUGCAGUCUUGGUCUGGGUCUCAAUACACUGGGUCUUGGUCCUGGUCUUGGCACCCAAUAUCUGGGUCGGGUCUUGUUCUCAGACAAGACUAUCGUUUUUUAAAAGAUACACACACUUUUUUAAAUGGUUGGUCUGGGUUUUGUUUUUUCACAUUUCUUGGUCUUGAUCUCGUCAUGGUCUUUCUACACUUGUUCUGGGUCUCAAGCGGUUGGAUUUUUGUCUGGGUCUCCAGGGGUCUGAUCUUGAUUUGGGUCUCGAGAGUUCUGGUCUUGACUCCUUCUCUGGUUUGUGUCUUGCAUCAGACCUCCAGCAGAUCAUGGCUGAGUCCAGAGACUACAAUGAGCUGUUGUUUGCCUGGCAGGGCUGGAGAAACGCCUCUGGCAGAGAACUGCGACAGGACUUCAAGAGAUAUGUUCAACUGGCCAACAAAGCUGCCACUCUUAAUGGUAAGGUCUUCAAAAUAACAGACCCAAAGAUAUUUCUACAGAGGUUGGCAGUUGGAAGGUUUUCUAAUUGGUUCAGGCAGGGUUCGAGUACUAACGUGAAAACAAUAAGCAGCUUGUCGGCCUCCGCAAUCUACUUAUGUUCUAUUCUGGCACUGAAUUCUUCCUCACUCUAAUGCUGUCUGUCCAUAGGACACUCUGACAAUGGGGCGUUCUGGCGCUCCCUGUACGAGACCCCCACAUUCGAAGAGGACCUGGAGCGUCUGUGGAAGGAGUUGGAGCCCCUCUAUCUCAACGUGCAUGCCUACGUGCGCAGGUCUCUCUACAAAAAGUAUGGGGGCAAACACAUCAACGUCAGAGGGCCCAUCCCUGCCCAUCUUCUUGGUGAGACGCAUCCAGAGUCAGAAUCCAGCAUGGAUUCCAGCACUUAGGCCAAAACAAUUUUUAUGUAUGACCAUUGCACAUUGAUAUUCUGCUGUUGUUUUGUGGAUGUUCCUAAGGGAAUCGUCUGGAUUCCAUUUGCUUUUAGCAUGACAUUGAUUGUGACAGGUCCACCAGGCUAUGGAUUGCACUGGCUCUGAAUCUAAAUCCCACUGUUUUUAGCUCUGUCAGGGGUGCAAGGCUGGAAGAUAGCUAAUCCCUUUAACAUUUGUUUAGUUAUGGAUAAAACAGCACAGCCAUGUUUCUCUUGUCCUAUCAGGUAACAUGUGGGCGCAGACCUGGUCUGGCAUCAUGGACUUGGCCAUUCCCUACCCCGAUGCCACACAAGUAGAUGCCACACCAGCCAUGAUAGCCAAGGUAACACAUUUGACUACUACCAGUUUUUCUGUUUAACGGUUGGAUAUUAUUGAGUUUCCAUGUGACCUGACAAGGAAAACCUUAUUGGGUUUUCCCAACUUUCCCCACAGGGCUGGAAUGCCACCAGGAUGUUCCAAGAGUCAGACAACUUCUUCACUUCUCUGGGGCUGCUGCCCAUGCCUCCAGAGUUCUGGGCCAAGUCCAUGCUGGAGAAACCCAAGGAUGGACGCAAUGUGGUGUGCCAUGCCUCCGCCUGGGACUUCUACAACCGCAAAGACUUCAGGUACUUUGGAGGGAUGUAGAGUCUGUAGCUUUCUUAGUACAUUACAACGCCAGAAACUUUGUCAAGAGCUUUGGAACUCUUGUUGUUGUAUUCCAACCCUUUCCACUUUCAAAGUGUGUUUGUGUUCCCCAUGAAAACGUGUUUGUGUUAUCCAUGAAAAACAAAGAUGACUGCCCUUUUUGGCCAUUAAAAUUAUGAAUUGAUAUGCUUAAUUUCCAGGAUCAAACAGUGCACCGUGAUAACCAUGGAUGACCUCAUCACCGUGCACCAUGAGAUGGGUCAUGUGCAGUACUUCCUGCAGUACAAGGACCAGCCCAUCUCCUUCCGUGAAGGCGCCAAUCCAGGUUUCCACGAGGCCAUCGGUGAUGUGCUGGCCCUGUCCGUCGCCACUCCCAAGCAUCUAAAGGAGAUCGGUUUACUGGAUGUCGUGGAGGACAACGCAGGUGAGCUCUUACUAAUGAAUAGUUUUGACUCUGCCCUGCUUUUUUCACUGUCAUAAAUAUGAGAAAAAUUAAGAAAAAGCAUUUUUUGCAAGAUACAUUUUCAAUUCAUUACCAAGACCUUCUUCCAACCAGAAAAAAUUGGUUAUGUGAUGACAGCAUAGCUGCAGACAGAGCAUCAAUAAAAUAUAAUAUUUUAAAGCAAUCUGUGUGGCGAACAUAAAUUAACUAGCUAUAAGCUGUGAUUGCACUGUGAAUGUGCUAUGCCACUCUAAACGUGAAUGUGUCUGUUCAUUUCCAUAGAGAGUACGAUCAAUUACCUCAUGAGCAUCGCCCUGGACAAAAUUGCCUUCCUGCCCUUUGGCUACCUGAUGGACCAGUGGAGGUGGAAAGUGUUUGACGGACGCAUCUCUGAGGAAGAGUACAACAAGGAAUGGUGGAACAUGAGGUAAAGACUAUUACUUUUAGUGAAUAACCUCCAUCCUCCAUUUUCUCAUCUAUCUAAAAGAAAGACGGAAUCCUUUCUUUGUACUGUUUCUGUCCCUUCCAGAAUGAAGUACCAGGGCUUGUGUCCACCUGUGGCCCGCACUGAGCAGGACUUUGACCCAGGUGCAAAGUUCCACAUCCCAGCUAAUGUGCCCUAUGUCAGGUACGGUGUCUGCCAUGGUGUCUGCCACAUUUAUUACUGUUCAACUAGGGUAGAUAUCUUAGGGUAGGUAAAGGAAAAGGAGAUGAAAUCAGUGGUACAAUGUACAUGCUGAAAACAAUAGUGGGCCAAACAUUCAACGUAAAGCUACCUAACUUCAAUUUGAUCACUUCUCUUUCUUGCUCAUAAAACACAAGUAGGCCUACAUUGCAUGAAAUUACAUUCAUACUGUAUCUACCCAUAUGGAAGACGUUCAUUCAUAAAAAAAGGUUGUUUUGUAUGUGAGAUGCAGUUGGAACUUCAUGUGACUGUGUGUCUUCCAAUCAGGUACUUUGUGAGCUUCAUCAUCCAGUUCCAGUUCCAUCAGGCUCUGUGUACGGCUGCCGGGCAUGUAGGCCCUCUCCACGAAUGUGAUAUCUACCGCUCCAAAGAGGCAGGGAAACUUCUAGGGUCAGUACUGUACACCCACAAACAAGUAGCAUUAUAUCACCGUGACAGCACUGUCAAUAUUUUAAUGUGAUAGAUAAUGUUGUUUGCAUGUAAAGUUGUUUGGAAGUUGUCGUUCAGGUAUGUAGAAUUGUUGUCUGAAACUAUAGUAAAAUAGACAGCCUUUCUGAUCGACCCUUGGACUGUUUUAUCCAUUCCUUGUGUUUUGCAGUGACGUGAUGAAAGUGGGUUUCAGUAAACCCUGGCCUGAAGCAAUGGCCAUGAUCACUGGAAAGCCCAUCAUGUCUGCCAAGCCACUGGUAGAGUACUUCAAACCUCUCACUGACUGGCUGGAGGCAGAGAACAACAAGAACGGCGAGGUCAGAGGCUGGCCUGAAUACGACUGGAAACCACCAAGUAAGUCUGAUACCGGCUAUAAACGCUAUCUUCAACUACAAUUCAACUUCAUUCAUUGAGGGCAAAUGCACUUCAUUACAAAAUUACGAGUCAGGAUUCAGACACCCGCAUAACUGAUGUUUUGGCCUGUCUGAGGUGGAACUGCGUUGGAGCUGUCAAAUCGGUGAGCCGAUGCUCUUGUGAUCAUUUGCACAAAGCCACACCCGUCCCACUCGCAUUAGAAGUACAGAAUGAGAAAGUGUAGUCUAUAUAAAUAUAAUGAAGCUCAAAUUGAAACUCAUUUAACGAAAUAAUUAGGAUUUCUAUCAGCCUAAUCGAGGUGUAGAUUAUGCUUGUGGAUUUGACAGCUCUAAUACAGUUCCACCUCGGAAACAGCCAAACAACCGCUAUCAAUCAAUCAAAUGUAUUUACAUCAGCAGAUGUCACAAAGUGCUUAUACAGAAACCCAGCCUAAAAGAUGUAGAAGAACGGUGGCUCUGAUAAAAUUCCCUAGAAAGGCAGGAACCUAGGAAGAAACCUAGAGAGGACCAGGCUCUGAGGGGUGGCCAGUCCUCUUUUGGCUGUGCCGGUGGCAAUUAUAAGAGUACAUGGCCGUUAAGGCUAGAUCGUUCUUCAAGAUGUUUAAACGUUCAUAGAUGACUAGCAGGGUCAAAUAAUAAUUAGAGUGGUUAUAGAGGGAUCAACAGGUCAGCACCUCAGGAGUAAAUGUCAGUUUGCUUUUCAUAGAGAGAGAGAGAGAGAGAGAGAGAGAGAGGUCCAGGAUAAGGUAGCAGCUCCGGUAAACAGGUCAGGAUUCCAUAGCCGCAGGCAGAACAGCAGAAACUGGAUCAGCAGCACGACCAGAUGGACUGGGGACGGGGACAGCCAGGAGUCGUCAGGCCAGGUAUUCCUGAAGCAUGGUCCUAGGGCUCAGGUCCUCCGGGAGGGGAGAGAGAGAAAUGGGAGAAUUAGAGGGAGCAUACUUAAGAUCACACAGGACACCAGAUAGGAGAAAUACACCACACUGACCCUAGCCCCCUGGCACAAAGACUAUUGCAGCAUAGAUACAGGGGGGGUCGGGGGACACCGUGGUCCCGUCUGACACCCCCAGACAGGGCCAACCAGGCAGGAUAUAACCCACCAAUUUGCCAAAGCACAGCCCCCACACCACCAGAGGGAUAUCAACAGACCACCAUCUUACUACCCUGAGACAAGGCGGAGUAUAGCCCACGAAGAUCUCCCCCACCCCACGAGCCCAAGGGGGCGCAAGACCGGACAGGAAGAUAACGUCAGUGACUCAACCCAUUCAAGUCGAGUAUAGCGAAAAAAGCCUGGCAAGGCGUGAUGCACUCCUCCUAGGGACGGCAUGGGAGAGCACUAGCAAGCCAGUGAUUUAGCCUCCGUAAUAGGGUCAGAAACAGAGAAUCCCAGUGGAGAGAAGGCAGCCGGCCAGGCAGAGACAGCAAGAGGGGUUUGUCACAUCACUGCCUUGCCGUUCACCUUUGCACGCCUGGGACGGACUACAUUCAAUCAUAUGACCUACUGAAGAGAUGAGUCUUCAGUAAAGACUUAAAAGUUGAGACCGAGUCUGCGUCUCUCAUAUUGAUCGGCAGACAAUUUAAUAAAAAUGUAGCUCUAUAAGAGAAAGCCCUGCCUCCAGCUUAGAAAUUCUAGGAAUAAUAAGGAGACCUACGUCUUGUGACCGUAGUGUACGUGUAGGUAUGUACGGCAGGACCAAAUCGGAGAGAUAAAUAGAAGCAAGUCCAUGUAAUGCUUUGUAGGUUAGCAGUAAAACUAAAAAAAUCAGCCCUAGCCUUAACAGGAAGCUAGUGUACUCCAGGCUAGCACUGGAGUAAUAUGAUUGAAUUUUGGGGUUCUAGUCAAGAUUCUAACAGCUGUAUUUAGCACUAGCUGAAGUUUUAUUUAGUGCCUUAUCCGGGUAGCCGGAGAGUAGAGCAUUGCAGUAGGCUAAUCUUGAAGUGACAAAAGCAUGGAUGAGCUUUUCUGCAUCAUUUUUAGACAAAAAGUUUCAGAUUUUUGCAAUGUUACAAAGAUGAAAAAAAGCUGCUCUUGAAAUAUUUUUGAUAUGUUUGUCUCUUUGUUUCUUUGGACCUAGAACUAGGUCUGUGUCUGUUUUGUCAGAGUUUAAAAUUAUAUAUAUAUUGUGCUGCCAUCCUCUUCCUUAUGUCUGAAACUCAGGCUACCAGGGUAGGCAAUUUUGGGGCUUCACCAUGUUUCAUCGAAAUGUAUAGCUGUGUGUCGUCUGCAUAGCAUUGAAAGUUGACAUUGUGUUUCCGAAUGACAUCACCAAGAGGUAGCACAUAUAGUGAAAACAAUAGUGGUCCUAAAACGGAACCUUGUGGAACACCGAAACUUACCAUUGAUUUGUGAGAGGACAAACCAUCCACUGGACUCUGGAGCAGUGAAAAUGCGUUCUCUGGAGUGAUGAAUCACGCUUCACCAUCUGGCAGUCCGACAGACUAAUCUUGGUUUGGUGGAUCCCAGGAGAAUGCUACCUGCCCGAAUGCAUAGUGCAAAGUUUGGUAAAGGAGGAAUAAUGGUCUGUGGCUGUUUUUCAUGGUUCGGGCUAGGCCCCCACUGAAGAGAAAUCUUAACACUACAGCAUACAAUGUCAUUCUAGACGAUUCUGUGCUUCCAACUUUGUGGCAACAGUUUGGGGAAGGCCCUUUCCUGUUUCAGCAAGACAAUGCCCCCGUGCACAAAGCGAGGUCCAUACAUAAAUGGUUUGUCGAGAUCGGUGUGGAAGAAUUUCACUGGCCUGCACAAAGCCCUGACCUCAACCACCGCUGACUGCGAGCCAGGCCUAAUCGCCCUAAUCAGUGCCCUACCUCACUAAUGCUCUUGUGGCUGAAUGGAAGCAAGUCCCCGCAGCAAUGUUCCAACGUCUAGUGGAAAGCCUUCCCAGGAGAGUGGAGGCUGUUAUAGCAGCAAGAGGGGACCAACUCCAUAUUAAUGCCCAUGAAUUUGGAAUGAGAUGUUCGAUAAGUAGGUGUCCACAUACUUCUGGUCAUGUAGUGUAUCUUUCCGACAGAUAAGAUCUAAACCAGGCAAGAACUUGUCCGCAUAGACCAAUUUGGGUUUCCAAUCUAAAAUAAUGUGUUGAUCGUUAGUGUAAAAAGCGACACUAAGGUCUAGGAGCACAAGAACAGACUCAGAGCCUUGGUCUGACACCAUUAAGAUGUAAUUUACCACCUUCACGAGUGCAGUCUCAGUACUAUGAUGGGGGUCUAAAACCAGACUGGAGCGUUUCAUAGGCAUUAUUUGUCUUGAGGAAGGCAGUGAGUUGCUGAGAAACAGCUUUGUCAAAAACGUUUUAGAGGAAUGGGAGAUUCGAUAUAGGCUGAUAGUUUUUAACAUUUCCCAGGUCAAGGUUUUGCUUUUCAGGAGAGGCUUUAUUACUGUCACUUUUAGUGAGUUUGGUACACAUCCGGAGGAUAGGGAGCCGUUUAUUAUGUUCAACAUAGGAGGGCCAAGCACAGGAAGUAGCUCUUUCAGUAGCGCAGUUCAAAUAGGGUCCAGUAGGACAACUGAGUUUUGGAGAAAAACGCAUAUUGAAAGAGGAGGCUGUAAUUUGUUUUCUAAUGAUCCUGAUCUUUUCGUUGAAGAAGUUCAUGAAUUCAUCACUGCUGAAGUGAAGGCCAUCCUCACUUGGGGAAUGCUGCUUUUUUAGUUAGCUUUGCGACAGUAUGAAAAAUGAAUGUUGAUUGCUUUAUUCUCCUCAAUCAGGUUGGAAAAGUAGGCUGCUCGAGCAGCGGUGAUGGCUUUUCAAUAUUGCACGGGUACUGUCUUUCCAAGCUAUUCGGAAGACUUCCAAUUUGGUGGAGUGCUAUUUACGUUCACAUUUUCUGGAAGCUUGUUUGAGGGCUCUGGAAUUUUCUGUAUACCAGGGAGCUAGUUUCUUGUGAUAACUGUUUUUUGUUUUUAGCGGUGCGACUGCAUCUAGGGUAUUACGCAAAGUUCCGUUUACGUCAUCGGUUAGGUGGUUAACUGAUUUCUGUAUUCCUAAGUCCUUGGGUAGGUGGAGGGAGUCUGGAAUGACAUCUAGGAAUGCUAUGUGGGUGUCGGAUAGUGCAGAUCUUUUAGAAUCUAGCUCCCGAGUGGCGCAGUGGUCUAAGGCACUGCAUCUCAGUGCUUGAGGCGUGACUACAGACCCCCUGGUUCGAUUCCAGGCUGUAUCACAACCGGCUGUGAUUGGGAGUCCCAUAGGGCGGCGCACAAUUGGCCUGGGUUUGGCCGGUGUAAGAAUUUGUUCUUAACUGACUUGCCUAGUUAAAUAAAGGUAAAUAAAUAAAGCUCAAUAUUGCCAUUACAGAUGUAGGAUCUUAAUUAGAGCCUUUUUGCUUCAGAAGGAAAAUAAUCCUGCAGCAACAGGAAAUGUGAAUUGGAUUAUAAUUAAUAUUCAUUUUUUGUAGGGGUUGAUACAUUUUUUGUUGGGGCAAAUCAAGUCUGACAUUUUAAAGUGGAAAUUACAAACUUUAGAAGCCUUUUUAAACCUCGAAUACACUACAAGUCUACAAAAGAGUGAUCAAAUUAAGAUCCUAUAUCUGUAUGAUAAGACGGAAAUACACAUUUCCUCAAAUGAAUGUUUUUUUUCCAACACAUUUGAGCCACCAAAAUUCCAAUGUAAACUUGAAACCAAUGCCUCUGCAGAGAGACAACUGUUGUCAGCGCUUAAGCGUUGAUUUGAGUGGUUUUUUAGGCUCCUAGCAAUGAAAUCAAUCCCUCCAAUCUUUCAUGUACUGAUGAGUUCCUGCUGAAAGGAGGAGUUCGAGAUUAGAUAGAGAUGGGAGACAGGACUCCAUUGAGAGAAAUCUUAUAGGUGGAGAGAACAAUGGAGAGCAAUAGACUGGGAUGUGGAAAAUACUGAGGAAGAGAACAUGAUAGAGGGGAAAAUGGAAUGGGGUUAGAAAAGAGAAGGAGCACAGAAGUGAGAGACCAACAGUAUGUUCUCAGACCCACUGACUGUACAACGCUUAAAUGGAGGAAAGGAUAAGAAAAAUAUACUCUUUCCUUUCUAAUGAUGCAUUAAAUAAGUUGUUCUGAGUUUUGACACUAGCAAUCUUGAAAAGUAAUGUAGGAUCAGAGUGAGUAUUUUCUAGCAAAGGCUAUUGAUGGGUGUGUGAUGCCACAACUUGAUUUGCAUCACUCACCUCUGUGUGUGUUCCCAGGUGACGGCUCAGAAACGUCCCCUCCAGCCCCAACCCCAGGCCCAGACGAGGGUAAAGUGGACUUCCUAGGGAUGAGUCUGGACGGUGCUGGAGCUGCAGCAGGCCAGUGGGUCCUACUAGUCCUGGGUCUGGUGCUCCUAGUGGCCACCAUCCUCCUCGGCUACAUGUACAAAAAAUCUAAACGGAGAAAUCUGUCCUCAUCUGAGCUGGAGCUGAAGUGAGUCCGCACUUACGAGCCGUAUAGGAAGAUCCCCUUCACCUGGCAAUAGCAGUGUCAUCAUGAGUGUUUGUUUGUACCGUGCAUCCUGAUUGGUUCAUUUAUUAUUUUGGUAUGCUUCUCCCCUAAAUUUGAUGUCUUGUAUAUUUAUUGUAUAAAUUUGUUACAGUUUUGUAAUUUAUUUGUAAUAUUUUAAAUGCUGAGCCUGGGGAACAGAUGUUUCAACUAAUUGCUUUUAAACGUCUUUAAUUGUGUAUACAUUGUUUUUGGAAUAUUUGAUUUGAUCAGUGAAUACUUUGCCUUUCUAGAAUAAAUUCAUUGGUCAAUGAGGUUCUGUGUGGCAAGAUACGAUGGAUAAAAACAAUUAAUAACAUAUUAAUGUAGUCAAUCAUGCAGGUAAUAACAAGUAAUAUAUUAAAUCAAAUAAGG